UGCGGCCCGGGCUGGGAGGUGCAGGGCCCGCCCCGCUCUGCGGGAGGCGGCGCCGCCAUUGGCCCGGCCUUGGCGGGCCGGGGCUGCCUGUGCCACCGCCUCCCUUCCCCUCAGACGGGUGAGGACGCGGCUGUGACGGGGACGAGGGGAUGUUUUGUUUGUUCUUAAACCCUGGAUAUGCUGGGUCAGUGAACUGUUACUCCAGGAAGCAGAGCUGAGUGGACAAGCUGAGAAGACAUCAUUCUAAUGGCAAGUGGGAAUGCAACACUUAUCCCAAAGCCUCUCAUCUAGGGAAGUAUGUAUAUCCAAGACAGCAGCACUCGGGGCUCCUUAAACCACUGUCUGUGACCUGAUCCAGCUUUCUCAGUACCUGCUGAAGAAGACUUUUCUUCUGUACCUCUAAAGCAGUCUACAAGAUUAUCCUCUCCAGCAGGAUUUAAUUUCUUCCUGGACACUCUACCCUGCACGUACAAGAUGAUUGACCUAAGCUUCCUAACAGAGGAGGAACAAGAGGCAAUAAUGAAGGUGUUGCAACGGGAUGCAGAGCUUAAAAGAGCUGAAGAAGAGAGAGUCAGGCGUUUACCAGAGAAAGUCAAGGAUGAUGUUCAGCUCAAGAACAUGAGCGGGCAGUGGUUUUACGAAGCCAAGUCCAAGAGGCACAGAGAUACGGUACAUGGAGCAGAUAUUAUCAGAGCUUCCAUGCGCCGGAAGCCUGCACAUCCUGCUGAAGUGAGUCAGAGCAAAUCAAACAAAGUGAAGAACAGCUGGGUGAGCAAUGUUAAUAAAGAAGUCUUUGUGCUGCCAGAACUACAUGGUAUUGUGGAACACCAAGAAGAAGAGGAACAACUGAAAUCCAGUUCAAGUUCUAAAACAAUAACCUCUGUGUUGGACAAACCAGAGGAGAGACCUAUGAAGGCAGCAGUCUUCUCAGUAAAGCAAAGGAGAAACCCAUUUAAUUCCACUGCAUCAGGUGAUAACUUGCACAGUGGGGAAUUGGAAAACAGACCAGCCACUCUACCUCAGCUACCAAAGAAGGAAAUUUUGUCACCCUCAGAAGAGAGCCAACCUACUAAACCCAACUUACACAGUGAGGAAACAGAGAAGCACAAGCAACCUUCUGUGGAACCUAUUGAUGAAUCACAGAAAGCAGUGAAGCGUCCUGUCCCAAAAGCUAGGAAACUAGUUCACAAAGCACCAGAUCCUGUGUCACAAAGAGAAGACCUUGUUCCAAAAGCAGCCAAGCAGACUGAAAGGAUGAAUGGCAUCGCUACACCACCCAGGGGCAUUCUGAAGCGCAGCUCAAGCUCCAGUUCCACUGACUCAGAAGUUCGUGUUAGUCAGGUGUUAGAUGGUCAGAAAAAGAAUGGUCUUCCUGCUGCAACUAUAUUUGAAGGAGAAGCUGAGAAUUCCCUUAGGGAAGAAGCAGAAGACUCCACACAAAUUUCACUGGAAAAACUGAAACAAGUCAGGUUCUCUUCUAGCACAAGAAAAGAAGAACCUCUGCAAAGCCCACAGCCACACCAUGGUAGAGAAACAGGAGAGUUUGGUUUGUUAGACUCUGAUGAAAUAAAAAGUGGUGGAAACGAUGCUAUUAGAUCAGAUUCAUCUGGGAAUAAGCACAUUUCUGCUGGAAAUCCUUUGGGAACCUAUUCAUCGGCUUUACAAAUAAAGCCAGUAGAUGGCUUACAAGAAGAUACAUCGGCAUCCGGCCUUUGUGACAGUAAUAGGCCAGUCUUCCUGACCAAUGAAACCUUGCAGACAAAGACUGUCACUCCUAAGAAACUUGAAACUCCACAGAAGACCUCCAGCAAUAUCCUGCCAAAUAGCAAUAAUGAACCGAGUGUUGAUGAGAUAUGUGAGAAUAAACCCAACCAGAUCUCACGCCAUGAAUCAAAAUCACACAAAGACUUUACUGAUGAACAUCAGCUUUCUGCUAAGACAGAAGCACAUGAGGUGUCAAAUACCAAUUCUACGAGUCUUCAACAAGGUAAGCCUGAUCUUGUUGAGGAGCAAGAUGCUAAAACCACUUUAAAGCCUGACAAAAAUGCUGAUGAACUCAAAGUGGCCGAUGAAUCUGUGUCAAAAGUUUUAGAUGGGUUUGAAAGAAGUUCUGAUGCUGAAGAUGGGAAAUUUGUGUCAGCUAGAUCCCAAGGCAGGGAACCCAAAGAGGAAGUGGACUUCUCAGCCAGAACACCAGUUCUUCGUUCAGAACACAGUGGGCCCAGUAUGGCUGGAAAAACAGGAGUUACGGAAGAGUUACUGUCUGGAAAGAUUAAACAACACAGCAGUAUUUCACCUACAUCACUUAGGUCAGGAGAUACACAACUGAUUACAGGGAGGAUAAAACCUAAGAAAGAGGAAGAGAAUGAGGAGCAACAUGGCAAAUCGCUAACUGAACUUGACUGUACAAGAGUUGAAGAAGAGCAUGGUCAAGAAAGCAAGCGACAAAAUGAGAAAUCAAAUCUCUUGGGACAUGAAGAAGACAAGCUACCAGCUGAGAAAUGUGAGUCAGAGAAGGCAAUAAGAGUAAGAAGAAGAAUAAGGGAAAUCAGAGCAUUCUGGGAAAGGGGUCAAACUACUCCCAGUCAUGGGGUGAAAGAAGUUAGUGUCAAUACUAAUGCAUCAGGUGAUGGUGCAUUGGAAGGUCUUGGGGUAAGUGACAAAAUAAAAUCAACUGCAGGGUAUGUACCUAGUGGAUUGGAUGAUCAAAGGAAGAAUACACCAACAAGUGCUGAACCAAGCUGUGUAAGCCAGGCUUCAGAAAAUGAGCAUCAAAACUCUUUUGAGUUUAGACCAGGCCAUGCAGCUGGAGAGACAGAAAGAACAUUUCCGUCUGAUGAAGUUCAUGAAUAUACAGAGUUACCAAAGGCUGGUGACUUGCAACCAAGAGUUGGUGCCACUUCAGCUUCCCCACAAAGCAAAGACAAAAAUGAGAAAGAAGCACUUAAAGGAAGAGCUUCUGCUUGCUCCCAACAGAAACCCAACUUCCAGAUUUUGUCUUUAAAAGAGAAAAUCAACGAGAAGUCCAAGAAUCGAAUUUCGGAUCCUUUGCAGUUCCAGAAUUUGAGAAACUUCUGGGAUACUGGAGCUAAAUUAGAGAGUAGCAUUGACAGGGGAGAUGUUUCUUUGCCUAAUAAUACUAGUUCAAUAACCCAUGAGAGAAAAUCAAAGGAGAAUGAAGAAGGCAGAGAUAAUGUGAGCAAGCAAGAGUUAAUCCAACAACAAACCCAAAUGUCAGAGAGAGAGAACCAACAGAAACCUGAUUCUGUGCUGUGUGAACUGCCUCUAGGAUCUGCUACCCUGGAAGCUCUGAAUAUGACACAGACAAUGUCACAGCUGGACAGAAAGGUGGUCAUCUCAGAACCCAAGGAAAAGAUGGGUCUUCCAGAGCAAGAAGUUAAAGAAUGUGUAGAAAAAAGUUCAGAAGAAUUAAACCCUGUUUUGCUGGCUUUGAAAAGGAGUGCAGAUAGGAAAAUGCCUUCCAAAAGUCUAGAGGACAUUCCAUCAGCCACCUCAAAUAAAGGAAAAAUAAAUAAUCCAAAGGAAGAAUUAGCUCUUAGUGCUGAAGAUGGUCCGAAACCUGAUCAGCAUCAAGAGAGGAAUGAAAAUACCACGGGAAUUUCCACAGUGUCUUCACAGCCUGACAAGUUGUUUUCCAGUCCUGAAAAACUCAAAGGACUGAGCAAGUCGGUACCAUCAUUUCUACAGGAAGAGAGUGAUGACAGAGAGACAGAUACAGCAUCAGAAAGCAGUUAUUCCCUUGGCAGAAUCAAGAAGAGUCCCAGCUCUCUAACCAAUCUUAGCGGCUCCUCUGGCAUGGCCUCCUUAUCCUCUGUGAGCGGAAGCCUCAUGAGCAUCUAUAGCGCAGACUUUGGCAAUGUUGAUGUGAAGGGGAACAUCCAGUUUGCCAUUGAUUAUGUGGAACAGCUGAAGGAGCUUCACAUCUUUAUUUGCCAGUGCAAAGACUUGGCAGUGGCAGAUGUUAAGCGCCAGCGUUCAGACCCGUAUGUAAAGACCUACUUGCUUCCAGAGAAAUACAAGCUGGGCAAACGGAAGACUUCUGUCAAAAAGAAAACUUUUAAUCCAGUCUAUAAUGAAAUAUUGCGGUAUAAAAUUGAGAAGGAUCUCCUAAAAUACCAAAGCCUCAAUAUCUCUGUGUGGCACAAUGACACCUUUGGGAGGAAUAGUUUCCUUGGAGAAGUGGAGCUGGAUUUAGGAACAUGGGACUGGAAUGAGAAAUCCAACAAGCAGAUCAACUGGUUUCCACUCAAGCCAAGGACUUCAACAAUGACUCUUCAACUAGAAAACAGAGGGGAGAUGAAACUGGCCCUUUUGUAUGUCCCACACCCUGCUGGAGUGAAAAAGACUGUACCUACUGGUGAGGUCCACAUCUGGGUCAAAGAAUGCCAUGACCUUCCUCUUCUGAGAGGCAAUAGGCUCAACUCUUUUAUUAAGUGUACCAUUCUGCCAGACACCAGCCGAAAAAGCCGCCAGAAAACAAGAACAGUGGCAAAAACUACAAACCCCAUAUUCAACCACACCAUGGUCUAUGAUGGCUUUAGACCAGAAGAUUUGAAAGAAGCCUGUGUAGAACUCACAGUCUGGGACCACAACAAACUGGCCAACCACUUUCUGGGAGGUCUCAGAAUAGGCCUUGGAACAGGCAGAAGCUAUGGGACUACAGUAGAUUGGAUGGAUUCUACUUCAGCAGAAACUGCCCUCUGGGAGAAGAUGAUGAACUCUCCAAACACUUGGAUAGAAGACACGCUACCUCUCAGGAUGCUAAUGGUUGCAAAGUUGACAAAAUAAGGUGGCUUUUUAAUUGCUAGUGUCCAAAAGAAACCUUGGCAAUAAAAUUAAAGGUGUAGGGGUGAAACUUGGAAGAGGAACACAGUAGUUCUUUGACAGUCUCUGCUCAGCUGCUCUUCUGGUUUUGUGCUGUCAAAUGUCACUUCAUGUUUCAAAUUAAAUAUCUGCCUGAAGAUUAGUAUGUAAAUUUUUAAGGGAUUCUUUCACUUCUUAUUCACUGAAAAGGACUUAAAGAAGGUGGCACUUAAAGAAUUCAGUGGUAGAGGUAGCUAUGCUGCCCGGAUGCUUGUGUCGCCGAACAGAAGUGAUCCCUUAAAUAAUCUAGAUUACCAGCAAAACCCCUGAGUCAGCUCUUUCUCUACACCCCAGGAUUGUUCAUGAGGUGUUCUUAAUAAGACAGCAACAAGUUGCAUUUUGUUCAUACUCACAGGGUGUGUUGGAUCCUCAUCAUGCCAUGCUAGGUCCUUUAGUUGCAGUUGUACGUUUCUAGGAUAUGAAAGUCACUUCUACAGUGAAAGCAGCAUGAAGAACACUGACAGUGUCCUAUCUGUCAAGGUGCAGAGGACUCUUAGUUCCAAUGUACUAUAAAAAUCAGGGUUAUACAACUUUGCUUGUAUGUGGCUUGUUUUGCUCAUGUACAAUCCUCACUUUUAAAUGCUGGAGGCAGAGAGGCAAAACUUCUUUUUUUUUAUUCUGAUACUACUCUAAAGGAUCUAAACCUGCCAAUUUUAGCGAUGACCAGUGUGUUGGGUAUUUAUUCUGUAAGGAAUACUCAGCUGUAUCUAUAGCCGUGAGCUUGGUGUUUGGCUAUAAUUUAUCUGUGCUUCAGCGCCACCGUUAGGAGAACACUGGGGUUCUGGUGGCCCUGGUUUAGGGAGCUUUGCAGUACAGGGAGUAGGACUGGGACCUGCAGAAAUGUGUGCUAUUAGAGUAAUAUAAAUGCAUAAAAUACCCAAUGUAUUACUUUUUUAAUAAAAGAAGCCUAUUGAAGCUAAA